AUGUGUGAACCCGGUCAUGAGUCCUUCGAGCUACCGUUGACCGAUGAAGAGUACCGAGAAAAGCUUGCACAGUUCAAGGCAAUGGCUCUAGAGCAAGGAGAUCAAGAGACGUUGGACUACCUCGCCAAUUUUGUCACUCCUAUUCCAUCUCCCGCGCUCUGGAGUCGCCGUCCGGAUUUCAAUGAACUCUUCGGAGAUACUCCUCUUCCAUCUGCCGCUCUCCGUGGCAAUCUCAGUGCUGAGGAAAUCAAUGCACUCUUUGGAGAUUUUCCUGCCCCAUCUCCUAUGAAUGCCACCUUCGAUCAAGAGAUGAAGAACACUGAAGCCACCUCCACCACUCCCGCUCCAGCUGAAGAACCCACCAAUGCCCCCGAAUCCUCGACCUCCGGAGCAGAGCCAGGAGACCACCCCUCCAAAGGUCGCUUCAAGCCCGCAUUGACGAUCAAAGUGGGCAAGGAUGGUAACUUCGUCACUGAACCCAUUCCGGGUGUCUAUACCAACCAGCCUCUUACCUCCGACCGUGAUUUCUUUGCAGACAGGUCCAACGACGUCCUGUCCCCGAAUGAGAUCCAAAAACGCCUUAAUCUUCUCUACGCUAUGCUUCCUUCCACCGACACUCCUCGUACCGCUGCAUUCAAGGAGCAAGAGCUUCUUAAACAAGUCCAAAACUUCGGCAAGCGCGAAGCUACAAGCCGCGGCAAUGGUGGUUCUGGUGCUGGUGGUAUCCCACAAAUCGAUGGUCCUAUCUCUCCUCCCGAGAAGCAAAAGAAGAACAAACAGAAGGAUGAGGAAUCUCGUGGCCGAGGCAAGACUCCAGUUGAGGACUCCACCAAUGGUAACGGUCGUUUCCAGAUGAUUGGUAACUUGCCUUUCCCAUGCAAACCAUCGCCACCUACGGUCAAUAAGUCUGAAAUCGGAACUUCUGCCACAGUCAGUGAAGCUAAGACUACUUCUACGACUACCGUCCAAGCUCGUGGCGGGGCGGCAACACCUGUCAAUACCAUCACUGCUGCUCAACAACCAGUUACUCCCCCACAACGCGCUGGCCCGUCUGCACAAUCCGCUCUUUACAAGAGUCCUUAUGGAAGCCCGCCAUCUGGUGGUAACUACCGUAUCCAGACUACUACUAGGGAUGUCAAUGAUCGUGUUGUAACCAUUUCUCAGCUGCGUGGUGGUCAACAACCAGGUGGUGUUCUGGCUAUUGCUAACAUGGAUGGCUCGCAAUCAGGUGGUCCUCCUCCAGUCUAUGUCCAUGCUGGCAAUCGUCCUCAGCAAGGUGGUGGUGCUACUCCUUCCCCUGAAAUGGGUAGCUAUCCCGAUCCUCAACAACAAGGCCCAGUUAAUCCAUAUCCAAACAUCGGUCGCCCUAGCCCCCAACAACGUCGUGUAAUGUCUUCUCCUAGCAUGAACGGCUAUCCUAGUCCUCAGCAAGGUCGCGUUAUGGCUGCUCCUAACAGGAAUGGCUAUCCUGGUACUCAAAUGUUCGGUGCUCCUCAAGUCUCUGGCAACGCUUUGUAUGGUGCUCCUCAAGUUUCUGGUCACGCUUGGUAUGGUGCUGGACAAGGUGGUCCUGUCCUUCCUCCUCAAUUGGGCUAUCCUCAACCUACUUUGGGUGAUCCAUUCAACGCUUCCGGUAGCUUUCAACAAAUUGGUGGUGCUACAUUGCCAACAGCUGGUCAAUAUCAAGGCACUGAUUCUGAUGAAGAGACUCGCCGAAAGAACACAGAAGAGGCCCGAGCCUUCCUUCGAAACCGAAGAAAGCAGCUAGGUCAACCAGAGCCAGUCCCAUAUGACGCUUCGGCUUCGGCUUCGCGAGCUGAAGAGUAUGUCGCCAUGGUCAAGGAGUUAGGCAUUGAACCUGGUUCCGAUCAAGCUAAGGCAAUGGUCAACACCAUGAAGGGCUGGGUUGCAGAGAAAGUCUACAUCGACCCCAAGAAGCUUAAAUCCGCCGCCAAGAUGAUGGACGAGCUGAACAACUCCCCCUCCCACCUCCGCGCUCGCGCCGACUGUCUCAUAUUCCAGCAGCUCGUCCGCGACGGCAAGAAAGCAGAAGCCGACCAGCACCUCGAGGACAUGGUCGCCAAGCUGCACGGCCCGGACGCCAUGGCCAUCUACAUGGAGCACGCGCGCAUGGGCACGCUCGCACGCCAACAACUUGGCCCCGACUACCAGCACGCCGAGGACGUCAUGUUCCCCUUUAUCCCCACCAAGGGUUUCUGCCCCGUUGACCCCAACGACAAGUCUGAGGAGGCCGAAGCUGCUCGCCAGGCUUGGCACGAGGACUGGAAGGAGAAUUGGUCCAAGAUCGAGGCUCAGGAGCUCGUUAUGCGCAAGGCUGCUUUCGCUUACUCGCAAGCUACGGAAAUCCAUUCCGAUCCUCGAGAUAUCCAUAUCCCAAAGGCUCCUGAUAUGCCUGUGCACCUUCGCGGAAACUUCCCUGAUCCUGAGAGUAAGGGCAAGAGUGCAAAGGGAAAGAGAAAGUCGUCAGUUGAUAGUUCUCAGGGUGGUUCUCCGGUCAAGAAGGCUAGGGCUCCUUCUCGAAAGAGAGUUGUCAGUGCCGCUGUUACACCUGCACCUGCUCCGGCUGCUCCUGCCCCCGUUGGCUUGGAAGGAAGUAUUAUGCAACUUACCAAUGCCGUUGAGCAUAUGUCAGCUAGAUUGAUGAUCAUGGAGGGUGAAGUUGCGUUGAUGAAGGCUAAUAAGUAAAGGAGAGAGGAUUGAGAGCGUAUGUCAGCUAGAUUGAUGAUUGUUGAAGGGACAGUUGCGGUGAUG